GGCCCCUGGACAAGCUAAAGAAGAAUGGCAACCGCAUGCGCAUCUUGUCAGUCUACGACCUCCCUGCCAAGGAGGCGCUCGACGCCAUGCGCCAGCUUCGCAAGCACUACCAAGGGAUGCGCAACAAGCCUGUCGAGGACGACACGGUCUUCCGGCGCGUGUACGAGAUGAUUGGCGGACGUACCAGUUACCUCUCGCGCGUUGCGAGAGCCAACGAUAUGAUUAAGGAGGCCAAGUUGAUGGUGGAGAUUGAGAAGGCGUGGAUGCUUUCCAAGAUCGGUCUCAUCCCCGAGAUGGACGACGACGUAAUGGACGAGCAAAAGUGGGCGAGCUGUUCGUGGUUACUGUUGCGCCAUCUGGCGCAGGAGGCGCCACCUCUCACUCCACCAAUUGAGGCGGAGGAUGUCGUCGAGGAAAAGACCAACGAGGAUGGUACAACGCGCAUCCACCUUCUGGGUGGCCCGCUUCAAGACCUUGUCACCAAGCAGCCAGAAGAGGCCAAGGCCAAGGACCAUGACGAGGAAGACGAGAAGCCAGCCUCGGGUCCCGAUGUGCCUGUGGCGGACGAUUCUGGGUCACCGAAGACGCACUUCCUGGAUCUGACGGCCGACUGCGAGCUUCCCAAGGUUUCUUACGACGACGCCCGCCGGCUCAUGACGCGCACGGAUUUCUUUGACGGCUUGGACCAUGCGAAUAUCAUCACCAUUGACGUCAAGCACGAUGUGCGCCCGGACAGCGUGGUGAUUCUGCGCGCGGCGCAGCAGGUUGUGGCCGAAGAGGGCUUUGACGACAUGCUGGACCAGACACGCGACCGUGUGGACGAGAUCGAAGGUCUUCACCGCCAGGUCGAGUGGUGCGUCAAGGAGCCUGUACGCAUGUUUGCCCAGCGUGGUGGGGACGGCCGGUUUGUUGUGGACAUGGUUGGCCUGGGCAGUGCGUUUGUGCCGGCCGAGGCGGAGGACGACGACGAGGGGGGUGCCAGCGGCAGCAGCAGCAGCAGUGGGAAUGGGUCUGCAGGAACGACAGGGGCCGUCGGGCCCCAGGGGACAAAUGGGGGCCGCCUGGUAUAG